AUGGUCGCUGGCGGGCGGCUCCCCGGAGCCUCGCCCAGCCCGUCGCCCUCUUUGGCAUCGUCACCGCCGCCGACACCCUCGUCCACAACCUCGACCAUUGCCGCGACCGAUACCGACGCCGCGGGCGGCGGCGGUAGCACCACGCGGACCACCGCUGCGACGACAACGACGACGGGCCCCGGACCCGCACUCCGAUCUCGACUCUUCACAACUCCCAAGAGCAGUCGAGCCGCCACGAGCAAGCAGCAACGCGAUCGCACCGCCGCCUCAGACGACCGAGCGCCCGUCCACCCGUCCAUACUACAGCCGCGCGUCGCCGUCGUCCUCAACGUGCCCGCGAUAUGGCACCCCUGGCUCUUUGCCCUGCGGCUGCUGUCCUGCCUGCCCGCCGCGUGGUGGGGGCUGCCCUCGGCGCUGCACCUGCUGCUGCGCUUCCUCCCGGGCCCCGAGCACAAUGCCUUUUCCUCCUCGCUGCAUCGCGGUGACGGGUGGUCUGAGCCGUACGCCUUGACGGAGACGGCCCUGGCUACGAUAUGGUGCUUUGCAUGCGGAUACCUGUCUUUUUUCUUUACUGAUUGCUUAAUGUCUCGAUGGCUCAUCAAUUAUACCCCGCAAGCCACCAUUGUUCGACUCCUCACCAUCGACGUAAUAAACGCCUACCUCACCCUCGAGACCCUCUCCCUCUCUGGCGGGUUCCAGGACCCGCGUCUGCUGCUCCCUGGCUGGAUCGGGAUCGCAACGACACUCACAGUGUGCUACCACAUCAGCCACCAACGAAUAAACAUUCGCAAAGAGACAUCCACUUCGGUCAAUGUCUUUUCCAUCGCCAGCUACAUGAGCAUGGUCGCCCUCCUCGCCCACAUGCUGGCCUUUCAGCCCGACUACCCCACCAUGCCGGUCGUGGUCCACGGCAGUCGCCUCUGGAACGAUGCGCUGCACUACUUUGCGCAGAUCAAAGGGACGAUUGAGCGAGAAAGGGCCGAGUUGUAA